AUGACGACGUACCCAGAGCUCGCCAAAGAAUGGCGCUUCCUCGAGUUCAUGGACAUCAAGGACUUCAGGUCAUCUCUACCUUUGAGAACAUUCGCUACGCACUUGGCGUUGGACAAGCGUAUGAUGACGGAAGAAGGCAAAUACAUCUACCUAGCUCGGAAUCCGUGGGAUAUCUGCGUCUCCUUCUACCACAUGAUGACCAACGUGAGCCUCUUCGGAUUCCAAAACGGAAAGUUCGAAGAUUUCGUCGAUGCUUUCAUAAGCGGUCACAUGGACUGCGUCGACUACUUCGAACACGUAGCAGCGGGCUACGCUCUCAGGGAACAUCCGAACGUGUUCUUUGUGACUUACGAGGAACUGAAGAAAAACACCCGCGAAGUGUCGCUGAGGCUGGCGUAUUUCCUGGGAGAACAGUACGGCCGCAAUCUGGGAAAGGACGAGGCGUUACUCAAAAAUCUGAUGGAGAGAUCGCAGCCCGAAUACAUGCGCAAUGUAGUGGUGCUGGACUUGACCGGUAAAGAUAACCCACAGUGGAACGAAGUGUUCUCUCGAAAGAAGGUUACCUGCAUCGAAGGCCACAAAGGAGACGAGAACAAGUACGCGUACGUAAGAAAUGGCAAAGUUGGAGGUUGGAAGGAUUACUUCACGCCCGAUCUGCUCCGGAAGAUGGAGAGUCGGAUUCUGGAAGCCGAGAAGGAGUCAACCUUCAUGAACCUCUGGAAGGACAUCAGGGCUGAAGCGAUUGCACACAUGCAGGAUACCGAAUGA